GCCCAGCUCGGUGUAGUCCAGAGCAGAGUCGGGCUUGUGCGUUGCACGUCUGCGUUUCCAGUCGACACUGACUCAUUCGCCCCGGACACAUCGCACUGAGGGAAGAGGGUGGGCAAAAAGUCAAGCAGAUCCUCCCCUUCCAGCGCCGUCAGCAGCCUCUCCACAGAGCGGAGAGGGAACUGGGGGAGAGGAAGAACCUUCCUCCCCUCCCCUCCCCCCUAUAGAUACCUCUUUCUCUCGCACACGCAUACGCACCAGGAGAGGCAGCUACAGUCGAGCGGGACAGUAGAGAGGGAGCAGGGAACCGUCACUUCCUUCUUUCUCCUCCCAGCAGUAGCGUAAACGUUAUUGCCUCAGUAAACAGUGGUCUUUUGGAAAUGAAAAUCCUGAUAUCAUCUUCAUUCAGUUUUCGAUCAAGGUGAACAAGCAACGCCGUUGAGUUUGUGGUAAAUGAUCAACAGCGACUAAUCCAUCUUCAGUCACGUGUGGAAAGUAGAAAUAAAUUUGUUGGCUUGUGGCAAUGGAUAGGUCAAAUGCUGCAUUGCGGAAGCGAAAUCAGUAUAAUAGUCGGAAUGAAAGUGACCUGGAAGAAAGUAGGCCACGAAUUCAAAAGACGCUGCUGAGGGACAAGUGUUGCCAGACAGACCACCACCACCAUGGCUGCUGUGAACCAGUGUACACUCAGGAGCCAGGAGACCCCCCUCUAUUGCAGCAACAGCUUCCAACUUCAAAAUCAGGAAUUCAGCAAAUCAUUGAGUGUUUUCGGACAGGAACCACACAACUGAAACAUAUUUUGUUGAAAGAGGUAGACACCAUCUUUGAAUGCAAAUUGUGUCGAAGUCUGUUCAGAGGAUUGCCCAACCUUAUUACACACAAGGAGUUCUACUGCUUCCCAAGCCUAAAGAUAGAUGAACGUUUCACAGAUCCGAGCGAUAAACAGAGUCACACUAUCCGGGAACUUUUGGAAGCGAUUUACCCCAGGGUUGAUAAGCAAGAAUACAUCAUCAAACUGGAACCCAUAGAAACAAAUCAUAAUGCAGUGUACCAGCAUGUAACUAGACUCAAUGACUCAGCCCUCAACAUAGAGAGAUACAGUCCUCAAACUUCGAGCCCAUUACCAGUGCAAGAGUCAGAUAUUGAAAAGAUGCCAGAGAUUGUACCAGAGGAAACGUUGGAACUUGUCCAUUCGGUUCCUUCGGAGCUUAUCAAGAAAGAAGUAUCUGCCCAAAGGUUAGAAAAAAGUCCGGAACCCCUUCUUACAGAGAUAGAGAUCUCCAAUGGUUCCAGUCUUGCUCCCCACUUGGUCUGCUGCCUCUGUGCCAAAACUUUUAAUUCCCGACGCAGUGUCAGGCGACACAUUAGAAAAGUACAUAAAAAGAAGAUGGAAGAACUGAAAAAGUACAUAGAAACAAAGAACAGUGUGGGGCACCAAUCUUCCCUGUCUAACACCAGAAAGCGCUCAAAGGGCAUUGGAGUGGUCACUGUGGGUCGGAAUUGUCCAGUCUGCCACAAGUUCUUUGCCACAAAAGCAAAUGUACGUAGGCACUUUGAUGAGGUGCACAGAGGCCUAAGGAGAGACUGCAUUACACCUGACAUUGCCACCAAACCAGGGCAACCACUUAGUUUGGAAGAGACAUCAACUGAGCAUCUGGUGGUCCCUGUGCCUCGUAAGCGCAAGUCUUCCUCAAAGGCAGAGUACAACCUGACAGCAUGCAAGUGCCUUUUGUGCAAGAGAAAGUAUAGCUCACAAGUUAUGUUGAAGCGCCAUAUGCUGAUUGUGCAUAAAAUGAAUCUGGGAGAGAGUCUGUCCAAGCCCCCGGAGCAGAGUACUGCUAUGCUGUGCUGCAUGGAGUUGCCUGAAACUAGUGCCUACUGCACAGGCAACAUAGAGGCGUCUCUGCCCACCAACAGGCCCUCACCUCAGGGCGAGCCCAAAGGCUCAAGCCAAAUAGGAGAGAAGAAAAUCACCCCAGUGCUGAAGAACAAAGUGAAACAAGAAAACGAGAGUCCAAAGGCUUCAAGUCCGGCUGCUGUAAUUGGCCACUCCAAGCCCAGGAAACCCAAGCUCUCGAUGGGUUUUGACUUCAAGCAGCUCUACUGCAAGCUGUGCAAGCGGCAGUUCACCUCCAGACAGAACCUGACAAAGCACAUUGAGCUGCACACAGACGGCAAUAAUUUCUACGUCAAGUUCUACAAGUGCCCGCUUUGUACCUAUGAGACCCGCCGCAAGAGGGAUGUUGUGCGGCAUAUAACAGUGGUGCACAAGAAGUCAACCCGCUACCUGGGCAAAAUCACCGCCAACCUCGAGAGCCGAGCAGUGAAAAAACCGAUAGAGUUUGUGUUGAACAGAGUGCCGAGGAGAGGCCCCCAGAGGGACGAAGCCAAGCACACCAAGAAGCACGACAGCAUUUCUGCUUCCCCUGUCCCCUGCCCUGCUGUCACUGGCAGGAAAACUGAUGCAGCGGAGGCUAGCACUGAAGUAAAGUUCACCAAACACUUCUCGCUGCACAAGUGCACUAAGUGCGGAAAAGCAUUUGCCAAAAAGACAUACCUGGAGCAUCACAAGAAGACGCACAAAAAUGCAAUUGUAGCACCGGAGGGAAAUAAAAAUGUUGGCCGCAGCACCCGAUCCAAGGCCCUUCUCUCUGAUACUUCCAGAUGACAUGUCCAUAAAUGGACUUUUUGGGACUCUUGUCGUUCGAAGAUUCAAAUUGGUAGCCGAGACACUGAGAAUCAUUGAGUAAAUAGCAGCUGUGAAGAAAUAGGAAACCAAAGCGGCAUGGGCAGGAAAUUAGGAGCAAUUCUGUGAAAUGACGUUAAAAACAAGAGAAGAUUAUAUUUUUAAGUAACAAAAUGUAAACUGGUACAACAUUCCAGACCAGCGGUCCUGCCACUCUGGCAGAAACGUACUGUGCUGUACCAACAUUGAACAGCAUGUUCCUUUCCAGUACCUUGGUGAAAUGUGCUCUGCGCUCACGAGUGAAUAGAUCUUGGAACUGACAAAUCGUGUAUGGGAACGGAGGAACAGGUUGAUUUGAAAAUUAUGGCACAGUUAUAAUUCUGCUGUUGGUGGUGUAUGUCUGUUAUGAACUUAUAGAUCGUUGAUGGCGUGGCUUAGCAGAAAUCAAAAGAAUUUUGUUUUGGAACUAGGUGAGAGUACCAUGCCACGCAACACACUUCUCCUGCUAAGACUCUGCUGUACGUAACCUGACCUUUCUGUUUUAAGAUCACAAAUUCUAAUUGCUGUGCAUUCCUGAAGUCAAAUAGAAAACGAAGAAACCAGCAGGCAAUGACAUUUCUUUUCUUGUCCUUUUAUAUAUUUUUUAAGGGUGAUGCUAAACUUUUGCAUGUGAUUGUCACUUCCAAAACCUUUACGUAUCUAUAAAAAGGUUGCAAGAAAAUAUGAUUAACUGCACCACACUUAUAGCUGAAAUUAGAAACAAUAACUGAAACAUAUCCUGAUAGCAAGAGAAGACUAAUUUAUAUCUAAUUCUUAUAUAGUAUACCAGUUUUUAACACGUUCAUUAUAAGUAUGAACGUUUUGAUAGUCAUUCACAGGAGAAAGCAAUAGAUUUAAGAUGAUGAAAUGACUUUUUUUUAAAAACCGUGACAGUGUUUAUUUGUGUAUGUGUGCUUAAAAUUGUGGAUUCUGUUUUGAAAGAAAAUUUCAGUGUAGGUACAGCAAUCUGCUUGCACUUAAGUCCAAUAUCCUCAGCUGAAAUCUCAUUUUAUUUUGGGGUGCCCUUCGAAAUAGAGAAGAUACAUGUUGGAACGUGAACAAUAGCAAGAAUAUGCAAACACUGUGGCAUCACUUACUGCCCUCAACUGUUUAACCUUUUAAAAUAUUAACCUGUUUUGAUGCAAAUUAUACAGCAACUAGCUACAGUGAUUAAUUAAUUGUUUUCUUUACAAAUAGUUUUAACAAUUAUUGGUUCAUAACGAUCUUAAAAUGACCAAUAUUGUGACUUGCUGAUGUUAAGCAUUGAAGUAUAAUAGUUUUUAACAUUUGUUAAGAUGACAAAUUAUUUUCUACAUUGUCAAUUUUUGGAUUGCUCAUCAGAUUGACAGCAACACAUUUUAAUUGGUCAAAAUUAACCUCAGUUUGACAGGACAGCUGUCUGCUUUGAGGGUCUGGCGAAGCUACUAAAUAUAGGAAACAAUACCUGCAGUGAAUGACAAGAUCUCUUAGUGAGACAUCCCAAGCAUCAUCUUAUUUCUCCAGUUCUGAGAAUCUCUUGUAUUGAAUGUUGAUUGCAAAAGCACAUAAUUUUACAUUACCAAUUUUCAGGAAAUUUUGAGUUAAAACUUGAAAUGGAACUUAUUUGAACUUAUUUGAAAUGGAAAGAGACUCAGUGGGCGCCUGUUUGACAGUCAGCAGUCAAACCUUCUCACUGCUGUUGUGUGAAGUGGCCUGGAUAUAAACUCAUUCAAGCCAGUUUUUCUCAUUCACAAAUUGUGAGAGACCAUGUGUAAUUAUCAACCUCCCAUAUGCUUUUCAUUUCUAAAUACCAGCCCUUGCCCAAGGAAGGGCUGGUAGAGAAUUUUUUAGUCUUGCUGAUAUUAACUGAGGGGAGGGUGUGUGUGUGUGUGUGUGUGUGUGUAUAUAAUAUAUACACGUGUGCAUACAUGUGGUUGAAGUUGAGGGUUGUCUGACUUUGAUUGGCAGGUGGGCCACAACUACAGACUUGUUAGCACGUUGCAAGUCUUGGAUAAGUUUGAGGGUCACCUUUUAGUCUCCAGCCUGUUGAGUUUGAAAAGCUUCCCAUCAAGUUGAAACACGUGACCCCUUGUUGAAUUUGGAUCUGGGUAAAAUCCAUGACUAGCCUGGAUAUGUGCCAAGCACAUUGAAAACAGUUUGGAUGCCAGUCAUUGCAAAGGAUGGUUACUUUGAUGCUGUCAUGCCAGAGUUGCAUGGUAGUAACAAACUUGGCUAGAUGUACAAUUCUCUCGAGUACCUUCAAAAGGGUUUUAUGGCCGAUGCAGUCAGAGGCCUUUGACAGAUUAUUAAAAACCGUUUGGAGCUCUUUGUUUCAGAUACUUGGAUUUUUCAAGUGACAAACAUCAUGCCUUUGAUUUCUCAAAGCAAAAAAGGACUGGUGGGAGAAGACCCAGGAUGCUUUCUGGGAGAAUCUUCCUAUGCCAGAGCCGAGGAAUAUGUCUGUAUCAUUCUCCAAAUUGAUUUAUCACUCUACCUGAAAGUGUCAUGUAAUGAGCAUGUGAUGUCAUGCAAAUUGGCUUUGUUUUGUUUUGUUUCAUACAAAUUAUCCAAUGUCUAUUGAUAAAUUCCCUGGUGUUUUAUUUUAAUGCCAUUUGUAAUGUUGACAAAGUCAACUGCUACAAUGCAUUUGUAUUCUCAGGCCUAAGUGUGACAGGUUGAGCAAUCUAAACCAUUGAUCAGUCUUACCAAAUCACCAGUUGCUAAACCUCUCUUUGCCUGAAUUACACCACGUCACUGAAGGGAAGGUCUUGUUUUCUUUGAACAGCCUGGAUUAUAUUAAGGGUAUGACAUCUGUGUAGGGACUUUGGUUCAUAGAUUCAACACCUUUCCCAAACCCAAAAAUUGGAAGCAAGGUCCCAUGACUAAAUGCCACUGUUUCUCAAUUGUGUAAUUGUUUAGAUUUUUUUUAGAUUCCCUGGAGUGUGGAAACAGGCCCUUCGGCCCAACAAGUCCACACCGCCCUUUGAAGCAUCCCACCCAGACCCAUCCCCCUAUAACCCCUGAACACUACGGGCAAUUCAGCAUGGCCGAUACACCUAACCUGCACAUCUUUGGUCUGUGGGAGGAAACCGGAGUACCCGGAGGAAACCCAUGCAACUACUUAAACUUGGAAUACGUCAUUUUUAAUUUACUGCCUAUACAGAAAUAAGGAUUUGAAUAUUGAACUGGGAUUUCCACUGGGAAUUAAAUUAACAGCUGUUGGGUAAUAUGAUGCUAUAAUUGCCCUGUUAUGUAUGUGUGUUUAAAAAUCUUGCAUUAGGAAGAGGUUUAGCAAACUUAGAAGUAUGAUAUGAUCACAAUGUCAUGUAGCAACAACAAAUUGAUACUUUUCCAAAAUGAAGCACAAGAAUAGUUUUAGUAAAGCUUUUCACUAAAUAAAUGCAGUGACUGCCUAUCAAGCUGAAAUGACCUAAAAACAAAAUUCUCCACCUCAGCUAUUCUACAGGGUGAAUUACUUGGAAGUGUAACGAGUUUUGAGGUCAAGCAAAUGCAAUUUCUGAGGAAGUAAAAUUGCAUUUAGUUGUGUGUUGCAUACAGUAUGACUUCUAAACAUUUGACUCGCUUAAAUUGCUUGACACUAGUAUUGCUAAUGGUGUCAAUAUAUCGUUUGAUCCUGUCAGUUUCAUUUUAAUGUAGUUUAUCAAACCUCCUGUGGUCUGCCUUCAAAUAAAUGAUUUCCAAGCACCUCUGCCUUCACCCCAGUCCCUCUCCGUACCACCCUCCCCUUCAAAAGUCUGCUGCCACCCUUUCUACAACAUUUAAAAACGCUGCUUUCCUGGAUAGUGCCAUCAGAUUUGCUACGCUCAAUCUAGUGGCCAGUGCUCAUCGGUGCACUUGACACUGAUCUCACAGAAUCAUAUGUUGUAGGCCACAGAUUGUGUGAGGAGCGUGAGAAUUACACUGAGAUUGCCACUGCCUUCAGUUUUAUAUUUAGAGUUCCACACUUUUAAAAGGAGAUUUCAAUCAGAGCUCUUUCAAAAGUGCAGUGCAUACCCCAAAACUGACAGGUGCAGAACAGUUGAAGGGAGGCUAAUUGUAUUCCCUUUUCUCACAGCAGUCAGAUGCCAUGUCUAGUAAAUUAAACAUCCAGUGUCACCGGCAGCUACUGACAGCUCACGUGCUUGCCCUUUCACAGGAGCAAAGUGUGAGGCAAGGGUGCUGGUUAGACAGGGAUAAGGUGUUAGGAUGCCUGGGCACAAGGUGGGGAAGAGGCCAGGUAAGCACUGGAGGGUAUUUUCUGAUGGAUAUGAGGUACUGGGUCUGGCAGUGGUGUUGAGUUUGAGACGGAGACGGAGAGAUGGUUGCCGGGAGGUGUUGAGUCAGGAUCUGGGUUGCAGGGGUAUGAAGGAGGAGACCUUAAGAAUUUCUCCAGCCUCCUCUGUUUUUUAUUUCAGAUUUCCAGCAUCCAUAGUAUGUUGCUUUUAUCUAGGCCUUUAAUAUUCUAGCUUUUCUGGACUCUUUUUAAAAAACUUAUCUUAAAAUCUCCAAAUUAUGCAAUCUUAAUGGAUACUUCAGGGGUAACAGGGAUAAGGAUUUGUCCAUCAGAAUCUUCAACUCUUCAGACAAUUCCCUCAGAAACUUUUGACAUUGGCAAUUCUGCAGGAUCCAUCUGUGUUACAGAAAUGGCUACUUGGCCAUCAGAAAAUCUGGGCAGCAGGUAAUUCUACAUUUUGGUGAUGUGUUUUAUAUUGCAAGCUAUCUCAGCUCGGGAUGCAGUUUUGCACAUGUAUGGUAAAGAGUUUCACCUCUUGCAUUGAACUGUUCUCCAAAAGAAAAGAGAAAGGAACCUAACUCUCCAGUUUUCUUUAACAUUUGAUCCGCAUGAGACAACCCGUGAUUCACGUAAAGUCCGAUAUUCAGGAAUGCAGCCAUUAUUUUGCUUGAGGGCUUGCCCAAUUGCCUACAAGGGAAUGAAAGAAGUCAUAAAGGAACAGAGCUGAACAUGAAAUUGUUUCUUGUUAGGUAAAUGAAUAACAGCAAAGCUUUCCUUUUGUUAAAAUUUACUGCUUUGCAUUUAAUAUUGUAUCAAUGAUAUUCUAUUCAGACAGUGUGUUGAUAAAAUCAGUUGAGUUUAUUGAAGGCUUACUGUUGAGGAAAUUAGAUAUCCAUGGCCAUUAUUUAAUAGGUACCUAACAAUAAGCAGCAAUAAUCAUUUUCAUGACCAAGUAUUUGAAAUAUUUCACCUGCCUUUUUACUGCAUGUUUCAAUGCUUGCUUUUACUGAAUCAUGGAAAUGUUAUGGUGCAAAAGGAGACCAUUCAACCCAUCGUGUCUGCUCUGUAUCUUCAAAUAAGCAUCAUUACCUAGUGUCAAUCUCCUGCCUUUUUUCCCAGAUCCUUGCAUGUUAUUGCCAUCUAGAUAAUCCUCUCGAAUGCUUCAAAUGAACAUGUUUCCACCACGUUUCCAGGCAUUGCAUUCCCCCUUCCCUAACUCUUACAUCACUUUAGCAGCAUCUCAUUUUUUUUUCUGUUUUUGAGCAGAAGGCUCUCAAAUUAAUGCCUGCCACCGGCAGCACAGACUUUUCUCCGGUUUGGCUGGUUGUGUUGUAUUAUCCGCUAAAAGCUGGCUUGCGUGGUCAGGAUGUGAUAGAAAAUUAAGUGUUGGCUGCCGAGGUUUGUCAUAGGAAUGUUGUGGUUGGUUUCAGCAAAAAAAACGGGAAAGUCAGAUGCGGUUGCUUGGCUUUCGUCAUUAUACAGGCUUAUGGGGACGUUGUCUAAGAAGACGACCAAGCUUGGCUCUGAUGUACGUCCAGGUGGAAGGACCUUUUUUUUGUGCUGUAUGAUAUUAUUCUGUUCUAAGCUUGUUGGAAUUUUGUUUGAAAACUUUCAAGAAUAAUGGUUUCUGGGCAGAGGCACUGGAUGUGCAUUUCUGCAGUGAGGAAGUAAACACCCAGGUGAGGUGAAGGCAGAAAGCUAAAAGAAGGUAGUGAAGUGAAGGAAAACCAUGUCCACUACCAAAAAGAAAUGUUUAGUUUAUGUAAACUGUGCUCUGUUAGAACAAAGAUCGAGUAAAUACAUCCUUGACGGUCAAGUGGUUCUAAACCUUCAGCUCCAGCGAGUGCUUUUGAGGCAAUUAAGGGUACAAGGAUAGUUUUUGAGUAAUCCUGCUGCAUAAUUUUGGGUAAUCUAGAAGCUGAAGCGUCACUGAAUACAUAAGGAGCCCAUUUAGUGAAGAAAUUAGUCAACUUCAUUUUUAGGGUUCUGAAACCAAUGUCAUGUAUACUUCCAGAUGCAACUGAUGCCUCUUCAUAUAGAACAGCUUUUAUUUAGCUGUUUGAUUUUUAUUUUUCUGAGGCAAUGAAUUUGAGAUUAGUGGCACAGUAACUGAGGCAGUUAUUUUGGGUUUAAUAGUGAGAGGUCAUUAGUUCUCAACCUUGCUCUUUGGGAGGAGACUACUUCGGAGUUUUAGAAAACUUUACAAGUACCAGCACAGUUUGUUACCUUACAGAGUGAGAAAACUUGACAAGAGCAUUUCAGAUUAACUCGAUGAUCAGGGCAUUGGUAAAUACGUUUGAAAAGUUGGAGGAAAGGAAAUAAUCCUACAAAAUUAAACUUUUUUGCUCAUUUGAAAGAGACAUUCUUGUGGUUUGCAGUUUUCUGUGAAUAUUUUUCUUCAGAAAUUCACGCAUUUCUAUUUUGUGUGUGUAUACGCACGCACAUAUUUGUAUGAAGGAAUGUGUUGUUAAUUGUACUGGAUAUUAAUUGCUGCUAUAGGUAAACUGAAUGUAGAUGAACUUUGUCUUUGGAACAAAGGUAUACUGAGGAAGCCUGAAUGAAGAAACCAUGCUGGUGCAACAACCAGAGUAGUUGUCACUGCAGAGCAAUCAAAUACCAACUAUGACUUAAUCCAUCCACUGUUUUGUUCUGUGAUGGUAUCAUAUGAUAAACUGUCCUGAAUAUUGUUCGGAGCAAAGAAAAGAAAAUUGCCUAAGAAUUCCUCUGGGUGGCAGUGACUAGCAAUAGCUUAUUGUACUGACAGCAACAUUAAGUAUAACAGUAAAUAAAGCCAUUGAAAUUGAA